AUGAGUGGCAACCGACGGCCCUGGGUGGCAACCGACGGCCCUGGGUGGCAACCGACGGCCCUGGGUGGCACCCGGCGGCCCUGGGUGGCAACUGACGGCCCUGGGUGGCACCCGGCGGCCCUGGGUGGCACCCGGCGGCCCUGGGUGGCAACCGACGGCCCUGGGUGGCACCCGGCGGCCCUGGGUGGCACCCGGCGGCCCUGGGUGGCAAUUGGCGGCCCUGGGUGGCACCCGGCGGCCCUGGGUGGCACCCGGCGGCCCUGGGUGGCACCCGGCGGCCCUGGGUGGCACCCGGCGGCCCUGGGUGGCAAUGGGCGGCCCUGGGUGGCACCCGGCGGCCCUGGGUGGCAAUCGGCGGCCCUGGGUGGCAACCGGCGGCCCUGGGUGGCAACCGGCGGCCCUGGGUGGCACCCGGCGGCCCUGGGUGGCAACCGACGGCCCUGGGUGGCAACCGACGGCCCUGGGUGGCACCUGGCGGCCCCGGGUGGCACCCGGCGGCCCUGGGUGGCAACCGACGGCCCUGGGUGGCAACCGACGGCCCUGGGUGGCACCCGGCGGCCCUGGGUGGCAAUUGGCGGCCCUGGGUGGCACUCGGCGGCCCUGGGUGGCACCCGGCGGCCCUGGGUGGCACCCGGCGGCCCUGGGUGGCACCCGGCGGCCCUGGGUGGCACUUGGCGGCCCUGGGUGGCACCCGGCGGCCCUGGGUGGCAAUCGGCGGCCCUGGGUGGCAACCGGCGGCCCUGGGUGGCAACCGGCGGCCCUGGGUGGCACCCGGCGGCCCUGGGUGGCAACCGACGGCCCUGGGUGGCAACCGACGGCCCUGGGUGGCACCUGGCGGCCCCGGGUGGCACCCGGCGGCCCUGGGUGGCAACCGACGGCCCUGGGUGGCAACCGACGGCCCUGGGUGGCACCCGGCGGCCCUGGGUGGCAACUGACGGCCCUGGGUGGCACCUGGCGGCCCUGGGUGGCAACUGA